UGGAAACUGCCAAAAUAUCUGGUCAAGUGUCAUUGAAAAGUAUAAAUGCGUUAACAAUGAUUGCGGGUCUGAAGAGAGUGAUGACAAGUCAUACCUGUCAGCUGCUGGUAGUUACUGCUGUGCUCCACGCUGUUCAACUUGUCACCAGUUACAGCUUUAACAACUGCAUUAAUAAAGACUAUGGAAAAACAUUCACUUGUUGGAGACGGACUGCGGAAAAUAUAUCUGCAAUUGUGGGUGACCUGCCGCUUUCUACAAUCAACCUCACAAUCUCAUUUAAUCCAAUCAGGCACAUUCCGGACAAGAGCUUUGUUCAUUUACCAAACCUGAUACAGCUCAGUCUGGAACGAAACAAGCUAUCAACACUCGGUGAACAUGCUUUUCAGAGCCUGCAUCAACUUCAGGUGUUAAAUUUGAGCACAAACAACAUAUCACAUCUGGAACCCUUUUUAUUCAAAGACCUAAAAAAUCUCAACUUUCUGGCACUAACAUUGAACAAGUUAAAAGUCCUUCCAAACCAAAUAUUUUUAACAGUUUUAAAACUGCAAAUUCUACAUUUAGAGGAGAAUAAUCUUAACAAUUUUUCCCAAAUUGCUUCUGCAGUUUCUCACCUACAGAAUCUGAGAACCCUGAAUGUUUCUUUUAACAGUUUGACCUCUCUCUGCCACUCUAAUGCCUCUUUACCUCCGUCACUGUCUAACCUGUACAUACAAGGAAAUAAUUUGUCUUCUUUGGGGUGCCGUCGGUCCUUUUUCAGCAAGUUGAAAUAUUUAGAUUUGUCUUUCAAUCCGUGGAUCUCAACAGAGGCUUUUGAAGGAGUGGAUUUAGCCCAUUUAAACCAUUUGCGUUUGCAAGCCACAAAUGUCAGUAUAAUACAUUUUUUAAAUAAUAGUAACGUAAGACCUAAUUCUGUUGAUUUUUCUAAUACCAGCCUAACAAAUGACAGUUUAGUUGAGUUAUGCAAGGUCCUAGGUAGAAGAGCAAAAAAUAUUACACAUCUGAAUCUGAAUUUGAAUUUGAUACAACAACUGUCAUCGACAUCACUGCAGUACUGUCCUCAACACAUUGAGCAGGUGAGCCUAUCAAGAAACAAACUGAAGGACACAAACUGUCUGUUGUUUCUCAAUCACACCAAAGACAUUAAAGUUUUUAAAGCAGAGCAUAAUCAUCUUGGUGAGCUUGUUUCAUGCAAAGGAAAAAUUAUUUUUGAAAAUCUCAUAGACAUUAGCUAUCGCUACAACUGGAUUCUCUCUGUCAGUAACAAUGCUUUCUAUAAUACACCAAAUUUGGUUAGUCUUACUCUUAACAUGAAUUCAAUUGCAAAGUUAAGCAGGAAGGCCUUUGAGGGUCUGCGAAAUCUUGAGAAUCUACGAUUGGACAAUAAUCUAAUGAGAGACUUGUACAGUGAAUUGUUUCAAGACCAAGUUAACCUCAAAACACUUAAUUUAAAUUCAAAUCGUAUUUCAGUCAUUUUUAGCAGGGUAUUUAGCAGUUUAGGAAAGCUCAAAAUACUGGACCUUGGAGGAAAUACAAUAACUCGUAUAGAAAAACAAGGCUUUCAUGGGCUUACAAGUUUGUCCAAACUUAUUUUAGAUGACAACAAUCUCAAAGAAAUUGACUCUUCUCAGUACUACGCAUUUUCUGAUAAACUCAAAGUGCUAAGCCUUAAAAGCAAUAAAAUCAGCUUUUUCACUCAAACUACCAGUUCACCAUUUAUGAAUCUCAGUCAGCUCAGUAAGCUCAGUUUAGACAGUCAGCGGCCUUAUGGACUCAUUCUCUUACCCCAAUAUUUCUUUCGGGGCCUCCACUCUUUGAAAGAACUCUAUCUCACAAACAAUCACAUCUCUCAUUUGGCACCAGAUGCUUUUGAUGAUCUGACAGAGCUGCAAUAUUUAAACUUAGACUACUGCUGUGUGGGUGCCGUUCAGCUUCAGCCAGGAAUGUUCAAAAACUUGAGGAAUCUGACCCGACUGAUAGUUGAAAACAUGGGGCUCCAGAAUUUCUCAAAAGAAGUGUUUGGAAACCUCACAAAACUACAAUCAUUACAGCUUAACCGUAAUGUGAUGCAUAGUAUUGAUGUGGACACCCUUGAAAGUCUUCCAAACCUGGAAUACAUUGACAUACGCAAUGUUCCUCUUAGCUGCACCUGUGAGAACUCCCAGCUGCAAAACUGGACUGUGAACAAUGCCAACGUUCAGGUGGUGUUCCUACAUGACCACCCCUGUCAAGAAAGUACAAAACAUAAAUUCUACAGUUUUGAUACUAAGGUGUGUUAUGCAGACCUCGGACAGUACCUCUGUUUCAUCACAGCAGCUUUUCUUUUUCUUUUUACAAGUUUUCCAAUUAUUUACGUGAAGCUCUACUGGACGUUUAAGUACAGCUAUUUUGUGUUUCGUGCCUGGUUUAGUGAGCAGUGGCGCCGACUGAGAGAUGAGGAAGAAAACUGUGUAUACGACGCUUUUAUCUCAUACAAUUCCUCUGAUGAACAAUGGGUUAUGGAGCAGUUAGUGCCCAACUUGGAGGGAAACGGGUCCUCUUUCAAACUCUGUCUACAUCACAGAGACUUUGAGGUUGGACGUAACAUUGUCGAUAACAUUGUUUCAGCAGUGUACAGCAGCCGUAAAACCAUCUGUGUGGUGAGCAGGAACUUUCUCAGAAGUGAGUGGUGUUCAUUGGAAAUUCAACUGGCCAGCUAUCGCCUCUUUGAUGAGCACAGGGACGUUCUGCUUCCGGUUUUCCUGGAGACUAUUUCGGAGCAACAGAUUUCAUCCUAUCAUCGAAUGAGAAAGGUCAUGCUUAAGAAGACCUAUCUGCAGUGGCCCGGCUCUGACUGCACACACCCAGAACAAGCCCAAAAGCUGUUCUGGACCCAGCUACGGAGAGCUAUGAAGGAGAACAGCCAAUAUGAAAAUGACCUGUGCAAAAGUACACAGUCCGAGUGUGAAAUAUCAGGUGACAUACAUUACUUGCAACCUUGAUUGUAUAAACAUUUAU